GAACUUAUCUUUCCUCUAAAUCAUCUUAUCGCACGUGGAGAAUGCCUCUCAGAUCUACACUAGAGUAUGAUGAUACCUGACGGUCGAACAAGUGAAGGCUGUGAGCAGUGAUGGCGAGUAGUAAGUCGUAAGUAGUCGGUAGUGAGGUGAAAAAAUAGUCACCCGCAAGGUCUUGGGUACAAAGGUUGCUUACUUCUAUCCUCUAUUGCCAUAUUAAUAAGACUAAGACUGGGCAUCUAAAGUUUUACUUCCUUCUUUGCUUCCUGCGCAUCUCAUUUGUACUAUAAUACCAUUUUGUUCUGUAUUGUGUUGGUUUCUCGUGUUUAAUGUAUGAAUUCUCGUCCAAUGUUUGGGAUAUAAACAGAUCACGCCGAAUAUCAAUAGACUACUCAAGGUAGAAACCGCAUGAGCCUCGGAUCUUCCACAUACUCUAUCAAUUGAUUUACUACUCACGCAAAUAUCUGGGUUGCUAUUGAGCGCACGAUCUGCAGCAUCCCAGUGGCUACCGACGUUCUGGGUCAUGAUACGGGAGCUUGCAUCACGGGUAUCAAGUGUUUACCGUCCGAAAUCGAUAUCGUCUCUACAAACGGAGGCAAGACAUUGGAAAGAUAUAUUGUCGUAGUAACAACUACGGCAUAACCGCCUUCGCCCAAGUAAUUCUGAAAGGCAUGGGAGAGAUGAUCCAUCUUAAAUUACAACCAGUGGAAGGGAAUUCCGUACCCUCAGCCCCUUCCACAACAUCAACACCUUCAUCAUCAAAAUCCACAGCCAAGGAGCAAAGGCCGAGAUCGAUAAGAUCAAUUUGGAGCAGACUUAUAUUCCCUUAUACCUUGGAAGACUGGAAAGUCAUUAUGGAUGAAGUCAAGAAGCUAUAUUUGACAAGGCAAUACACAGAGUGUGCUGCCCAAUGCACAAAGGUUCUCAAUAGUAUUACAGAUCCAUAUCGUGUUCAUCCUCUUCAUUCACUCUUCUUAUCCUUUUAUUGUGCCACCUGUUUAGAAAUAACAGCAUCAGAACUUACCAACAACUCUCCCGAAAAGCUUUCACUUCUCCGAGAUUCUUUGUCGUACUUCCAAAAGGCAGAAGAAUACAUCACAUACGCAGACAUUCCUAUUCAAAAUAAUGGCUCGUUGUCAAGCAAUCGGCCAUCGUCUACAUCAUCCACAUCGUCCACAUCAUCCACAUCCAGUGCUCGUUCUUCUGUGGACUCCGUAUUUUCUUCAACAUCGUUCCCUUAUACCACAGAUAGACUCUCACCUGCUCUCUCGUCCUACUCUUUUGAGAGUGCCGACGAUGACAAGAACCCCAGACAUAGCCGUACAUUUUCCGAAUCAUCGAUCGCAUCGAUGCAAUCUACGCAAUCAACAGACACUACUACUAUUACUCCAAAUAAGCCUGCGCCACUUCGCAUAAAAAAGAAAGUUUCUUUCUCUCCAGUAUUACCCACACUCAUAUCUGACCAAAGCCUUGACGACGACUUCGAAACGAUUCCCCGUGCUAUUCCAUCUCCGACCACUCCUUCUCGACCUAUAAUCUCCUCCAAAUACCAAUCACCAUCCCCGGCCUACCCCUCUCACAACACACAUCUCACAACCUAUAAUCUCAACCUCUCAUCAUUAACAACACAACUUACCUACCACAUCACGCAUAUCAACAAUCUCAUCGAUACCAUACAAAACGUACGCAAAUCUCGACGCAGUAACCAACCCUCAUUUGCCCCUUCAUUAUUCAACUCUCCUGAUGGUCUCAGUGAUGAAGAUAGAGCGGAAAUGGAACGAAGGGACAUCCGAGCAAGAAUUGAGAAAUUGAGGAGUGGGGGCUGGGAAAAAAAGAGGUGGGAUGGAAGUAGAUAUUCGGCUUUGAGGGAGAAAGUCGAUAAUGAAAUGAAUGGAUGGAUAUGAUAUUAUGUUUUAUUGCCUGGCAUGAUUUGGCUUCUCUAUAAUGUGUUAUUUAGACAUGAUGAUAUGAGCGGUUUUUGAAAUGAUGAUAUGGCUGGUGCUAUAUUGUUACACUAUACCAUACUCUCUGUAUGUGAUGAUUUUGGGUUCUUUUGGGUUCUCUUGGAGCCCUUUUGCUUGAGAAAGGCAGGAUAUUGGUGAUGGUUUAUGUAUGUAUUUAUAGUGGACGUUAAUACCCAAUGGGACUUUUACCUUCUAGCCA